CCUCGUCCCAACAUCCGCUUCCGUUUUGCAGAAACUUUGGGCGGAGAGCGGUUCCGGCCGCUGCUGAAACCUGCUGAGCCGUGUGGGAGAUGGACAGCCGCAUACCUUACGACGACUACCCGGUGGUUUUCCUGCCUGCCUAUGAGAAUCCCCCAGCAUGGAUUCCUCCUCAUGAGAGGGUCUACCACCCAGACUACAACAAUGAGUUGACCCAGUUUCUGCCCCGAACCAUCACACUGAAGAAACCCCCUGGAGCUCAGCUGGGGUUUAAUAUCCGAGGUGGAAAGGCCUCCCAGUUGGGCAUCUUCAUCUCCAAGGUGAUUCCUGACUCUGAUGCACACCGAGCAGGACUUCAGGAAGGAGACCAAGUCCUAGCAGUAAAUGAUGUGGAUUUCCAAGAUAUUGAACACAGUAAGGCUGUUGAUAUCCUGAAGACAGCUCGCGAAAUAAGCAUGCGUGUCCGCUUCUUUCCCUAUAAUUAUCAUCGCCAAAAAGAGAGGACAGUGCACUAAAGAGUUGCAACCUGUAGCCCUCCACUUGGACUCUUCUUGAAUAAGCUGGCUAGCCCCAAGGGAAACCACUUGAGAAACUACUGUUAGCCCCUCUCUGGCACACUUGAGUGGGGAGGAUGGGGAGACACAGAGCUAGCUAACCAACUGCAUUACUCAAACUAUACUGUACUUUUUUUAGUUCCAUAUUUUUCUAGGUGAGCUUCAUUCCCUGAAAGGAGAAGGAUGAUGAUGUCUAGGUAUAGCCUAACCGUGGAGAACCAGCUGGAAAAUGCAGCAGACAUCUAUUGAACACCAUGUGCUAGGCAAUACAUACAUAUAACAUCAUUCAUUGUCGUUAUAGUGUAGAAAUCAAUAGGAAAAAAGCAUCUGGGGAGACUCCAGUGGGACCCUCUUUUUCCAUCCCUUCUCCUACCCUCACCCCUAAUAGUAAAACAAUGCUGAGGAAAUGUUGGUGUGAUUUUGGAUGACAGUAAUUGGGUGUUAAAUGCUAUUGAGGCCAAGAUAAAAGCUCUUCUGUUAUAAUUCUG